CAACAACCAAAGCUACAACGACUACAACUAAACCUUCCAUUUCAACCACUACAUCACCCGAACCCAAAACAUCUCCUAAAGUUAUGUCUGUUACUCCAGAACUCACCAAAAGCACUAAGCCCACGGCCGCCAUAAAACCUACCCCGUCUGAAUCUACCACUACAACAACCAACAAACCUACCACUACUACUACUACUGAGCCUACCACUACUACUAAAAUCAAGGCUACAACUACUACAACUGAGCCUACAACUACAACAACCUCCAAACCUACAACUACAACUGAACCUUCAACUACAACAACUACCAAGCUUACAACGACAACAACUGAGCCUAAAACUACAACAACCACCAAAGCUGCCACAAUUAAGAAUGAACCCACAACUACAACAACUGCAAAACCUACAACUACUACAACUGAGCCUAUAACUACAACAACCUCCAAACCUACAACUACAACUGAACCCCACAACGACUACAACUACAACUGAGCCUACCACUACUACCUCUUCAACGACGACGUCUACCACAAAGCCAACACCCACAGUUCCUUCUAAUAAAUGCUUCCAUAAAGGCAAAUACUACGACCAGGGCGAGGAGUGGUUCGAGGGCUGUGAGACCAAAUGCCAGUGUAUAUUUGCACCAGACUUCGUCCAGUGUGGUAAAAGGUGCUUCGAGUGGAAUGUAUUGCCUGCGGGCUGUAGGCUGGAGCCCAUGCCAGAAGACGCAUGUUGCAAGAUAGCAGUUUGCCCAGAAAACCCAGCUUUUGGAUAAAGAAAAGACAGCACUGUGUUUAGAUCAAUAUCGUCAAUUUUGUGACCCUUGAUUUAAGGACUUCGAUUUUUUGUUGUGACUAAAUGCACGUACAAUACACAU